CACUGAUCCAGUGUUUCCUCAGUCCAGUCCUUUCCUGGCAGUGAGAGAUGAUGAACGUGGAAGGUGCCGAAUAAAGAGGAACUGCAGGGACACUCUGAAUUCACACAAAAUAUCUAGCUGUCCAUUCUUCUCCUGGACUGGCUGUGAGGAUGGAGAAAUCUGCACUGCUGCUGUUUUGUUGCCUGGUCAUGUCUUUAUCAGGCUCCCCGCUCUACCCGUCCAUUAGGUUCGGCCAGAGAGAUACGUCCAUCCUGAUGACAUCUUCUAUGAAGAAUCCAGCAGAGCAGCUGCAGGAAGACGACAGUCCUCCCAGGGAGCUGACAGAGAUACGCUCAGGACGCCACGCUGAUGCCAUCUUUACAAACAGCUACAGGAAGGUCCUGGGUCAAAUCUCUGCCAGGAAGUUCCUUCAGACAAUCAUGGGCAAACGGCUGGGAGAUGAAAGUGAGAGCUACACGAAGCGCCGGUCGGACAUCUAUGAAGGGACCUAUAAAGAAGAUCUCACCUCCAUCCUGAGCAAUCAGAGAUACAGAGGGGUGCACGGGAACGUCAUGAGGCCCAGACUGCUGAGUUGAGAGCUGAGAUUGAUGCAGCGGACAACAAAGAGAUCCUCGUUUCGGCACUAUUCAGCCAUCACUGCUUGUUUUCUAAAUCUCCCUCCGACCUGUUCUGUACAGAUGGAAAUGAUGUUGUCAUUUUUUU